CUUUUCCCUAUGGAGUUGUUGCUGAGGAGGUUUUAGAGUUACGGGGAGAACGAAAGCGAGGACGGGCGGCGAUAUGGCGCUGAGAAUGACUGCCCGAUGUCUCAGGAAUAACCCGAUUCAAGACGGGCUGAACGUUAGGAUCCUAUUCGUGCUGUGUUUUGUGUCAGGUGUUGUAUAUGGCAGUCAGGUGAUCGUCCCCCCUAAGGUGAAUGCAGUGCUGGGCAAGAACGUCACCCUCAGCUGCAGGGUGAAGGUGGACACGAAUCUCAGCUUGACCCAGAGCUCUUGGGAGAGGAAGCUGCCCACCGGCUGGGUGACCCUGGCUGUAUAUAACCCCAUGUUCGGCAUCUCCAUUCCUCCCGAAUACAAACGACGCCUGUCCUUCCGCUCACCGUCCAUGCACGACGCCACCAUUGUGCUGGAAGACGUGGGAUUCGCAGACAUCGGCAUCUAUACCUGCAAGGUGGCCACAUUUCCACUGGGUAACACGCAGGCCUCCAUGACCAUCAGUGUGCUAGUGGAGCCAAAGGUGUACAUCUCGGCCGGAUCUUCUGCUCUGAUCGAUGGUGGAAACGAAACUACGGUGGCGACGUGUAUCGCCGAGAGAGGCCGGCCUCCUGCGGACGUCUCUUGGGAGACAGAUCUGUACGGCACGCCCAAGGCCCACAUGCAGGACGAUGCCAACGGCACCACUACGACGCAAGUGCACUACACCUGGCAACCCAGCCGCCACGCCCAGGGUCACACUUUAACAUGUGUGGUAAAACACCCUGCCCUCCAGAAUGACUUCAGGAUCCCGUACACUGUCAACGUGCAGUUUGCUCCAGACAUCCAGGUGCUGGGCUAUGACGGCAACUGGUAUGUUGGCAGGGAGAACGUACAACUGCAGUGUCAAGCCAAAGCCAACCCACCCGCCCAGCACUUCAGAUGGAUCAGGUUGGAUGGAGACAUGCCAGAGGGAGCAGGGGUGCUCAAUAACUCGUUGGUCUUUACAAAACCCCUGCAGAAAAACGAUUCGGGGGUUUACAGGUGCGAGGUUGCAAACGACAUCGGUCUCCAAAGUCGAGACAUCAGAAUACGAAUUCAGGAUCCUCCCUCAACCACAACCAUGCCCCCCACCACCCCUGUCCGCCUCCUAACCGCAGACAUCUCUGCCACUGGGCCCGGUAAUAAGCAACGAGCGCUCAUCACCUCUCCGACCUUGGCACCUCUGCCGGAGGGGAGCCUGGGCACCAUUGUGGGUGGGGCAGUGGGUGGAGCCCUCUUCCUCCUGUUGCUGCUAGUUCUGGCCGGAGUUUAUUACCAGCGCCAGCGGCGGACAUUCCGCGGCGACUACUACACGAAGCAGUAUCACGGGCCCUCCGACAUGCAGAAGGCUCCCCAGCCGCAUGAGCUACAGCAAGUCUACAACAAAGGCAGUCCGGAUACAAAGCCCAAAUCCAAUCAGGAUAAUGGCACCAUCUACCCAGACAAGGAUCGAGAAGAAUGGGGGGAUUUCGACCGAGAGAGAUCGCCUAAUGGACGCAGCAGAGCACUAAGGGAAGCGGGCACUCAUCUCAACCAUCAAAACCAUCACGAGCGUGAGCACAACAGCCAUCAGCAAAGUUUCAGUCCCUCUUACCACAACCAGAGGAGCUUGCUGCAGCCGGAGCCCCGCAGGUAUCCCGCGCCGCAAGUCAUGAGCAACGGCUCACCCUACCUGCCGGAGGACUGCUACGACAACGAUUACGUGUCACACACGGACGGCUCCAUGAUCUCACGCAGAGAGUGGUAUGUCUAACCAGAAUGAGCAGGAAAAGACUGCGUAUACACUUAGGAAAUGCUUCAAACUGCAAAAACAACGCAAAGACUGCAAAGUUACAGUAUGUAAGAAAACAAAUAGGAAAUGUACUCUCGCACCUUUUCUAGUAGGUUACGAGCCCGAUUCGUAGUGGGUUUUUUUGUACAUUAGCCUAAUCCUUAGUUAACUGUUUGUAGUUUGUUCAAAGGAUGUUUUGGGACCAAGAGGCUGUGUAUUCCUUUGUUACGAAGGAGAUGGUCAGUCAACAAGAUCUGACUUAUGUAUAACAUGUAAACCUGUGCAGGUUUGAGUUCAGGUGCGAUUUAAGUUGGGUUGCCAAAUCAUUAACAAAUAAAUCUCCUCUAUUGAGGUGCACAGUAAAGGUGCACUGUGAUCUUUAAAAAAAAAGAUGAUUUAAUAAAAAUAUAUAUUAUUUAAUAAAAAAAUGUUAUUAUUGACAAAAUGUAAAAGUGUUCACAUGUCGAUAAGUGUUUUAGCUUAGCGCUAAGAGUUUCUGUGAGUCACGUGAACUUUCACCAAUGCUGUCACUCCAAGAGGCAGAAAUUAGCUCCUGUCAACAGCCAGGCGGUUUCCAUGGCAACCUUUAAUUCUCUACUGGCAUUCGGAGUUUGAGUGCUGUUGGGUGGAGCCAGACAGUGAGACAGCGCAGGGUUUGAUAAAACCCGGUGGGAGAGCGAGAAAACCGACAGAAUCAUUACCGAAAAGGGACGACUGUAAUUGUCAAUUCAGUACCAUUUGCAUAAAUGCAUCACUGUAUUAAGUCUGAAUUUCUGGUGCACGUCUGCUAAUAGAGAUGGUUGAAAAACAUCCUGCAAAUUCAAAACUACUGCCAUUGUUUCUCAGAUUAUAUAUUUAAAGCUUGUCCCAUAUAAAUGUAGCUCUCUAUCUGGCUUCACCUCGCAGACCAUCACUGCCCAGUGUUCAGACCCUCCUGUAUUCAGCAGCUGUUGAUUUAUUGGUCCAGUACGCAUUACGUCACAGAUAAGCUUCUGUGCCUGUCUCUUGUGGUUUUGUGUGUAUAUUAGCGUGAGAGUUUUCUAUGUGCCUGUUUAUCUGUGCCUGUAUGCAAUCCACUCCUGUAAAUGCAGCCUGCUGCUGUUAACCUACAGUGUUUCGAAUCAGCCCGUGAAAUCUGAGGUCUGAUAUCGUUGCUUCAGAACACACUCCGACGAUAGCCAAACACAACUUGUUUUUGAUCAUAAAGUUUAUAGUGUUGGCUGGAUCAUAAUAAGUUAGUAAUAUGGUUGGCUUCAGGAUAAAGCAUCUGGAGAUUAUAUUGUAGUGCCUUACAAUGAUUGUGCGCUCUGUACGCGUUACAGCGAGCACAUAAGUUAUGAACGAGCGGGUGAUGUUUUCUGAAGUUACGAAUGUGUCAUUUUCAGAAGUAUGUGUGUAGCUCUGAGGCAUUGAACGGUCAGGUUGGGUGAUCCUGAGGACGUCUUGUAUUUUUUUCUCUUGCUUUUACCGCUUUAGAAGGUCUUUUUGUUUUGUUGUAUGAUAUUUUCUCAGAGAUUAUCAGACAAAAACGAAUUGUUUUGCUCUCAUAUGACGUGUGACACUUGAGUCACAGUGCACAUCAAAGAGUUGUAAUAAAAGGAAAGUAAAACUAUCACUUCAAAUAUCUAUGUGUACAGGUUUGGACAUUGUAGAGUUAAAUAAACAAGGUUAUAUGUAUAUAUGCAGGUAUUUGGGAGAGCCUUGUUUUUGUUUGAAUUUAUUGUUCCUACAUAAGCCUAAAAGAGAUGACUGCUAUAGGGAAUGUCUGUGGAACGCACUAAAAAAUCCCACCACUUCACAGGUCAAGAUGAGGCUCAGUUUCUUUGAUCACUCUUUGCUUCUUCAGAACGUUUUGUUCACUUUUUUGUUUUACAAAGAGCUACUGUUGAAAAAAUGUUCUCAAAGAAAUGUAUUUGCAAUGUAUAAAUGAUUCUGAGCAUUAUUUUGUAAAAUCAACUUUUGGGAUACGUUUUGUUUUGAAAUAA